AUGCAACCCACCCACCACUACCACAUCACCACCACUAAUACCAUCCCCUGGCUCUCAAUCCUCACCUUCCUCUACUACACCCUCACCUUCUUCCUCCUCUUCGCCCUCCCCACCGCCCACCGCCAAAUCAUCUCGUCGUUCCCCCUCCUCAAAAAAGACGGUUGCCUCUGGUGUCUAACCUGGCUCGUCGCCAUCGUCCAAAUCUUACUCUGGCCUGUCCUGUUGUUUCUUUUUCUGUUUUUCAUGGGCGCUGCAUCCAUCGCCAGAAAUUGCUUCGGCGAGGGUCAGACGUGUGUGGGGAUCGAUUGGAACAAAUCUCGGGGCCGAACAAGAAAUGCACAUGAUGAGGAGGAGCAGAGAGGCACUCGGGAGUUGGCGGAAGACGGGGAGGAGGGGCCCGUGUGUGACGACGACACAGAAACACUUUACGGCUUGGAUGAGAGCGAGGGGAUGGAGUUGCUUUCCUAUCGGCAGGAUGAUCAGGCGUGCAAAACGGGGGGUUCAAACUAA